AUCUCUCCGUCUACUCAUCAUGUCCAUCACAAAGAUCCACGCUCGCCAGAUUUUCGACUCCCGUGGAAACCCCACCGUCGAGGUCGAUCUCUACACCGCGAAAGGUCGUUACCGUGCCUCCGUUCCAUCGGGUGCGUCUACCGGUAUUCACGAAGCUGUUGAGCUUCGCGAUGGCGACAAGUCUGCCUAUGUCGGCAAAGGUGUCAGCAAGGCAGUCGCCAACGUCAACGACAUCAUUGCUCCUGAACUCAUCAAGUCCGGUCUGACUGUCACCCAGCAGAAGGAGAUCGAUGACUUCCUCAUCAAGCUCGAUGGUACCCCCAACAAGGGUAAACUCGGUGCCAACGCCAUCCUCGGUGUCUCCAUCGCAGUUUCAGAAGCUGGCGCCGCAGAGAAGGGUGUACCUCUGUACCAGCACUUCGCUGACCUCGCUGGCGUCAAGCCUCCCUUCGUUCUUCCUACCCCCGCCUUCAACGUUAUAAACGGUGGAUCGCACGCUGGUAACAAACUGGCCUUCCAGGAAUUCAUGCUCCUCCCUACCGGCGCUACCACAUUCACUGAGGCUCUGAAGAUUGGCACGGAAACUUACCACACCCUUAAGAAGGUCAUCAGCGCCAAAUAUGGUAUUGAUGCCGUCAACGUUGGUGAUGAAGGUGGUUUUGCUCCCAACGUUUCUGGUGCUGAGGAAUCCCUCGAGCUUUUGUCUGAGGCUAUCAAGAAGGCUGGUUAUGAGGGCAAGAUCAAGAUUGCACUCGAUGUUGCGUCUUCCGAAUUUUACAAAGACGGCAAGUAUGAUCUUGACUUCAAGAACCCCAACUCCGACCCCAGCAAGUGGAUCACUGGUGUUGAGCUUGCCGAUCUAUACCUGGGCUACAUUAAGCAAUACCCCAUCGUCUCCGUCGAAGACCCCUUCGAUCAGGAUGAUUGGGAAGCAUGGACACAUUUCACUGCCAAGAGCGGCAUUCAAAUUGUCGGCGAUGAUUUGACUGUCACCAACCCCCUCCGAAUCAAAACUGCUAUUGAGAAGAAGGCCUGCAACGGCUUGUUGUUGAAGGUCAACCAGAUUGGUACCAUCUCGGAGUCGAUCCAAGCCGCCCAACUCGCACAAUCAGACGGCUGGGGUGUGAUGAUCUCUCACCGCAGUGGUGAGACUGAAAGCACCAUCAUCGCUGACCUCUCCGUCGCCCUCGGCGUCGGUCAAAUCAAGACUGGCGCCCCUGCACGAAGCGAGCGUGUCGCCAAGUACAACACUCUGCUCCGCAUCGAGGAGGAACUUGAGGGCACUGGUGCUACCUACGCUGGUACCAGAGGUCUCUCCGCUGGACCCACUCCCCCUGCUCUGCUCAAGAAGUAAAUUGGGCAACCAUAAAACAAGAUGGACGUUUUCGACUCAAAAUGCUGUAUUUCGAUGAUCCCACUAACAUUGUUGUCGUAUGACGGAGAGAUGAAUUAUUAAAUAAUGUUGUAACCAGUUC